GCUUUAUUUAUAUACUUAUAGAAGUAGUAGUAUUUAUCCAACUUUGUAGCUUUGGCUAUUUACCUUUGAUUCUCUGCUCCUUCAUUCGCCUUUCAAAAGGUGGGAUCAUUAGAAGAAAUUAAAACUCUAAACCUCAGCAGGAGUGAGUGCCAUUGUUCCAAGGAUUUGCUUCCCGGUUGCUGUAUAGUUUGAAAUAUAUCUCAAAAGAAAAACAAUGGAGGCUCUUGCUUCCAUUCUUGAAUCUCUUGCUAGCAAAGCUGCUGAGUACAUGGUUGACUCCACUCCAGAACAACUUGGUUACUUGUUCAAUCAUGAGAGCAAGUUUCAGAACCUUUGGAGUAAAGUUCAAGAGCUGAAGGAUGCAAGACAAAGGGUGCAGCAAUCUGUUGAUGAGGCUAAUAGGAAUGGGGAGAAGAUUUUCGAUGAUGUUGAAAGGUGGUUGGCAAUGGUGAAUGACAAGAUAUCUGACCAGGCUACAACACAAUUGCAGGAGGAUGAAAAGAAAGCGAUGGAGAGUUAUUUCGCUGGCUUUCUUCUUGGUAUCAAGUCUCGUUACCAUCUCAGCAAGAAAGCUGAAAAGGAGGUGGAGGCCAUAACACAACUCUUGAAUGGAAAGGAUCAAUUUGAUAGAGUUUCCUACCGUCCUGCUCUUGAAGGGAUGAGCAUUAGACCUGUAAAAGAGUACGAGGCCUUUGGAUCAAGAAGCGAUGCUUUCAAUGGGGUGAUGGCGGCAUUGGAUGAUGAUAAUAUCAACAUAAUAGGAGUGUACGGGAUGGGAGGUGUGGGCAAAACCACACUUGUCAAAGAGGCUGCCAGACAAAUCAUUGCCAAGGAGAAAAAGCUGUUUGAUGAAGUGAUCUUGGUUGCCAUAACACAAGCAUCAAGCAUUUCAAAUAUUCAGAAUGAGAUUACGGAGAAGUUAGGCCUGAAAAUUGAGGAGAGGAGCGUUGAUGUACGAGCUGCCCGGCUACAUGAUCGGCUAAAGAAAAUCAACAAGGUUCUUAUCAUCUUGGAUGAUAUUUGGGAGGAACAUGACUUGGACGCACUUGGAAUUCCUUCUGUAGAUAAAAACAAGGGAUUGAAGAUCUUGAUGACGUCUAGGAGGCUCGAAGUAUUGAAGUCGAUGCGUUCUCAGAAAAGCCUUCCAAUUGAUAUCCUGAAAGAAGAUGAAGCAUGGAACCUGUUUAAGAUCGUGGCUGGUCCUAUUGCUGAAAGAUCUGACUUGCAGUCUAAAGCAAUUAAAGUCGCCCAAAAAUGUGCAGGAUUGCCGAUCGCUAUUGCAACAGUUGCAAAGGCUUUGAAACAUAAGGAGAAUUCACAUGAAUGGGAGGAUGCUCUGGAGCAGCUAAAGCCCUCUGAAAUAAACUUCAGGGGGGUACCAAGUGCUGUGUAUUCAGCUAUAGAAAUGAGCUACAAAUAUUUGAAAACAGAGGACCUUAAAUCUGUUUUCUUGCUCUGCAGUAUAAUGGGUCAUAAUGCUGCCAUUGAAGACUUGCUGAAAUAUUGCACAGGCUUGGGCUUAUUUCGUGGUCUUGACGCAAUACAAAAAGUACGGAACAGAGUAUUAACGUUGGUUAGUGAGCUCGAAGACUCUUCUCUGCUACUUGCUGGUUCUACCCCUGAAUGCUUUGACAUGCAUGAUGUUGUUUGCGAUGUUGCCAUUUCAAUUGCUUCUAGGGACCGUGGUUGGCUUGCUUUAGGAAAGGAAGAUGUAUUUGAAGGGUGGUCAGAUGUCGAAACAAUGAGAAACUACAAUCUUAUUAGCCUACAACAUACUAAGGUUAGUGAGCUUCCUGAUGAGUUGGAAUGUCCGAACCUUACCUUUUUCGCUAUGGUUAAUAGGGAUUCUUGUUUAAAAAUUCCAAAUAACUUUUUUAAGGGUAUGAAAAGACUUAAAGUCUUGAGUCUCGAGAAAGUGAAUUUGUCGUCCUUGCCUUCCUCCAUUGAUUCCUUAAGAAGUCUUUGUGCGUUGCGUUUGAUAGAUUGUGGAGUAGAAGAUAUAGUGAUGUUAGGAGAGUUAGUAAAUUUAGAAAUCCGUGACCUCCGUAAUUCUGGUAUUAGACUGCUCUCAAAGGAGAUAGGGCAGUUGAGGAGGCUAAAAUUGCUAGACUUGAGCUAUUGUUACAGUCUUAAAGUUGUAUCACCAAACGUGUUGUCAAGUUUAUCAAGUUUAGAAGAACUAUACUUUUUUCAUAGCUUUGAUAGAUGGGAGGUUGAGGGAACUGAUAAUCUUAUAAGAAGCAAUGCUAGUCUGGUUGAGUUGCAGUAUUUGUCACGUCUGACCACUUUGAAAGUACGUGUUCCUAAUGAACAAGCCAUGCCAGAAGAUAACAUUUUUCUUGGAAAGCUGGAAAGAUACAAGAUUUGCAUUGGAGAUGGUAAGUGGUAUUGGACUGAGACGAGGACGGAAGCGUCAAGAAUGUUGAAGCUGAAGAUGAAAAGAAGUAAUUUGUAUGGUGGGAUUAAACUAUUGUUGAGAAAAACUGAAAGUCUGUACGUAGAUGAAGCGGAAGAUGUUAGGGAAAUGCUUGACGACCCAGUUAACCAAGGGUUACCACAUUUAAAGCAUCUCAAGCUCUCGAAUGUCUCAGACAUGAAAUUUGUGAUAGGCUCCAGGAUGUUGGUUUCUUGUCUGGAGUCAUUGGAUCUUCAUAGUUUGAUGAAUUUGGAGUCAAUAUGUGAAGCUCAACUCAAAGCUGAAUCAUUUGGGCGACUAAGGUUCCUAGAAGGCAGCGAGUGCAAGAUGUUGAAGAAUUUGUUCUCCUUCUCCAUAGCCAAAAGGCUUCGCCAACUUGAAGAAAUUGAGGUAUCCCAUUGCAACAACAUGAGAGAGUUCAUACUUGUUGAAAAGGAAGAAGAGAUUGGCGAGAAUGAUAACUUAGAAUUCCCUCAGUUACGUUCUUUAUCGUUACGAUAUUUGCCCACAUUCAAUGGCGCCUGGUAUUCACAGAAAACCCUUCAAUCUGUCACGUGGCUUUUCGGUAAAAUGGUUUUGUUUCCUGUGGCAUUGGAGGAGUUGUAUUUAGAUUCAGUCAAUGGGAUUGAAAAAAUAUGGCAUGAUGAUCAACUUCUUACGGUGUCUCUUGGUGUUCAAAGUUUAACAUGUUUGGAAGUGUGGGAAUGCCAUAAGUUGAAGUGUGCAUUUACUUCAUCUAUGGUUAAAAGCUUUGUGCAACUAGAAACACUUAUUGUUUCUCAUUGUGAUGAAAUGGAAGACAUAAUAGAAGGAAUACUAGGUGGAGAAGAAAGGAUUAACAACAGCAUAAGGGUGUUCCCUAAGCUUAACUCGUUGAAACUCAACAAUCUUUCUAAUCUCAAAAGAUUUUGUUGUGGAAUCAAUCCAAUUGAAUUUUCACUUUUAAGGAAAUUAGAAAUAAAGAAAUGUCGUGUUUUGAGUGCAUUCCAUUUUGAGACUGCAAGUAUUGGAAACAAUAUUUCAUUUGAUCUUAGUGUACCUCGGCCAUAAUAUCUCUUCAGUGAAAAGGUGAUAUUUCCUGUGCUAGAGGAAUUGGGUAUUUGUUGUGGCAUUGAAUAUGAGGUACAAGAUGUUGAUUUGGAUAUUAGAACAACUAUGGAAUGUGAGCUAGAAGCAUGUCGUGAUGAUGAUAGCGUGAAAGAAUUGGUAAAAAAGUGUUUGAGUAGUAGUGGUGGCAUGGAAAACGUGGAAAGGCUAUGGCCUAACCAACUUGAUGAACAUUCCUAUUCUAAACUAACUUCUUUUUUCUUGGAAGGUUGUCCUAAGUUGUUGAAUGUUUUUCCAUUGAGUAUGUUGAUGAGACUUCAAAAGCUUGAGAAUUUGAGCAUAUGGAAUUGUGAAUCAUUAGAAGAAAUAAUAUGUGAAUCCCAAUCCCAAGAAAUUAACUUUAGUGCUAUGCAAUCACUUUCUCCCCAACUCAUUCAAUCGAAUGUUAUUACAUUUGAAUUUCCAUGUCUACCAUCCUUGACUCUCAUUGCCUUGCCAAAUCUAAAGAGUAUAUGUCAUAAGACGCAGACCAUAAGUUGGCAUUUAUUGAAGAAGAUGGAAGUGUAUGGAUGUAACAAAGUAGAGAUAUUGUUUGCUUCUCAAGAAAUAAGUGGAAGCAUUAAUGAACAACCCCUCUUUUGGGUAAAUAAGUAUAUGUUUCCAAAUCUACAUCAACUUACUUUGGGAUGGAAUGUUGGAGUGAAAGAGAUAUGGCGUUUAGUUCCAUCCUCGGUACCUUUCCAAAAUUUGGUAAUAUUGGAGGUAAGAGAAUGUGAUGGAAUCAUAAAACUAAUUACACAUUCUACAGCCAAAAGUCUAGUGCAACUCAAAGAAAUGAGUAUACUUAAUUGCAAAAAGAUAGAAGAAAUAAUAGAAGGUGGGGACAACAAUGAUCAAGAUGAAAUCAUUUUUCCACAACUCAACAGUUUGGAACUUGAAUCUCUACCAAAGCUAGAAAGCUUCUGCUCAUCAUGGAAUUAUACGUUUGGAUUCCCAUCCUUACAAACUGUAAUUGUAGAAGAUUGUCCAAAGAUGAAGAUAUUCUCUCAAAGACACUCAAACACUCCAAUGUUGAACGAAGUAGAAUUCUAUUGGAGUGGGUGUUAUGAAGAGCAUUGGGAAAAUGACCUUAAUAGCACCAUACAACA